GAGCCUCGACGUGACGUUUGACGUGUCAGCGGACGUCGCCUUGGCUUAAACGUCAUCACGUUGUGUUCGAAGGGGAUUGGCGAGGUAAGAUGGCGGCGCCAGAGGAGCAGGAAUUAUCUCAGGCUCAAACUGAGAAACUCCUCCAGUUUCAGGACCUGACGGGACUGGAGUCAAUGGACCAAUGCCGGCGCACAUUAGAACAGCACAACUGGAACAUCGAGGCUGCAGUACAAGACAGACUAAAUGAACAGGAAGGAGUUCCGAGUGUGUUUAACCCGCCACCCGCCAGACCCUUACAGGUCAACACAGGAGACCACAGAGUGUAUAGCUAUAUUGUCUCAAGGCCUCAGCCUAGAGGUUUAUUAGGUUGGAGUUACUAUUUGAUAAUGCUCCCGUUCAGGUUUACAUAUUACACACUUAUGGACAUAUUCAGGUUUGCCCUGAGAUUUAUUAGGCCAGAUCCACGGGGUCGCGUCACGGAUCCCGUCGGAGACGUCGUGUCCUUUAUACAUAGUUUUGAGGAGAAAUACGGACGAUCGCAUCCUGUUUUCUACCAGGGAACAUAUAGUCAGGCUCUGAACGAUGCCAAACGGGAACUCCGCUACUUGUUAGUUUACCUUCAUGGUGAAGACCACCAGGACACUGAUGAAUUCUGCAGAAACACAUUAUGUAUUGAAGAGGUACUGACUUUCAUCAACACGCGGAUGCUGUUCUGGGCGUGCUCCACUAGCAGGCCUGAAGGAUACAGAGUGUCUCAGGCUUUGCGGGAGAACACGUAUCCCUUCCUGGCCAUGAUCAUGCUGAAGGACCGCAAGAUGACUGUGGUGGGCAGGCUGGAGGGUCUGAUCCAGCCCGAGGAUCUCAUCAACCAACUCAACUUCAUCAUGGAGGCCAAUCAGACUUACCUGACAUCCGAAAGGCUCGAAAGGGAAGAGAGGAACCAGACGCAGGUGCUGCGGCAGCAGCAGGACGAGGCGUACCUGGCGUCUCUGCGCGCCGAUCAGGAGAAGGAACGCAAAAAAAAGGAGGAGCAGGAGCAAAGGCGGCAGGAGGAAGAGGCGGCACGGCAGACCCGCCUAGCCGAGGAGAGGAGGCAGAGGACACUCGCUGAAGAAAAAGAGCGCAAGUCUGAGUGUCUUCCCCCCGAGCCUCCACAGGACGACCCAGACUGCCUGGAAAUCAUGUUCAAGCUGCCCAAUGACACGCGCGUAAAGCGCCGCUUCCUCUUUUCCCAGUCUCUGACGGUAAUCCACGACUUCCUGUUUUCCUUGAAAGAGACGCCGGAGAAAUUCCAGAUCGUGACGAGCUUCCCGCGCCGCGUGCUGCCGUGUUUGCCUACGGAGGAGCAGCCGAACCCCCCGACGCUAAAGGAGGCCGGCCUGAGCCGCUCCGAGGUGCUGUUCGUGCAGGACCUCACAGACGAUUGACAUUCAGCCCAAAAACCCCGCUUCCUCACACACGAUUGCACUCGGCCCUUUUCUGUUCGGCUCUGUGAAACGGCCGCUGUGUGCAAGGGAUCGCUGAAUCUCCCAUUGAUUAAAUUAAGGAUCUGCCCCAUCCUCCUGACAGGUAACGUUUCAUGUAAGUGGAAGGUGAACAGCCUUGUAAAUACGACCUAGAUAUUUAAAGACGAGUGUGAAUAUAGCCCAACUGUUUUGGUUUUUUUUUUUUUUUUUUUUUUUUUUUUUUUU